AUGCGGGGGAAGCCAGAGCCGCGGAAUUUUGAAUUGAGCGUGAUCAUGUCCCCACGGCCCGCUGGCGAGCGACAAGGCCAACUCGACCAUCAUCUGCAGCUCGUCCCUCAGCUGUUCAAAUCUUUACCUCCUUCAGCUGAUCCCUUUUGUCGGCCCACUUUUUCUUUCCAGUCUCCCCACAUUCUUCUUUCCAGCGCAAGAACAUCGACCCAUAGUCCCACCGUCAGCUGA